CAUUGAGGCAUUUUCACAAACACCUUGUGAGCAACAAAAGUUCCACCAUGGCCAGACCUCAAAGGCAAUAUCGUGGCGUAAGACAAAGGCAUUGGGGCUCUUGGGUCUCUGAAAUUCGUCAUCCUUCGUUGAAGACGAGGAUUUGGCUUGGAACAUUUGAAACGGCGGAGGAUGCAGCUAGGGCUUAUGAUGAAGCGGCGAGAUUAAUGUGUGGACCAAACGCAAGAACGAAUUUCCCGUACAAUCCAAACACGAUUCAGUCGUCGAAUUCCAAGAUCUUGUCGGCCAAUUUGACUGCGAAAUUGCAUAAAUGUUAUAUGGCUUCUUCGCAGAUUAGUAACCAGGAGUUUAAAAGAGAACUUCCGCCGCCGUUUGUGGCGGCGUCUUAUGCCGAUGCGGCGAGAUCGAUGGUGGAGGAGAAUCGACCAACGGCGGCCGAGGCGGCGGAGCAAGAGGAACUGAAAUUGUUGGAAGAUGAUCACAUUGAGCAAAUGAUUGAGGAGCUUCUUUAUUAUGGAUCCAUGGAGUUUUGUUUGUGAGACGAUUUUUUUGAGGUUUAUAACGUGUUAG